UCCUACAGAGCUUCCGGACUGCGACGAAGAUUCUGAUGCAGGUGUAUCCGAAGAUGAAGUGGCAGAUCUUCAACUACCCUCACCAAGAGGCUUCUACUUGAGGGUAUGAAUUUUUUUAUGGGUUACAACACUCGUCCGGCAUGGAGAGACCAUUACUCUUCGGCACCUGAUCUCAACAAUGCACUUAUUUGCAACACAAUGCCAAGAGACAGAUUUGCUUUUAUUUUAUCUCAUCUGCAUUGCAAUGAUAACUCUCAAAUGCCAAGAGACUGCAAAGAUAAGUUAUAUAAAAUCAGACCGAUGGUUGAUGCACUCAAUAAAACAUUUCAAGAGGUGUAUCAUGGUACUCGCGAGCUGAGUGUAGAUGAGUCAAUGGUUAAAUUUAAAGGUAGGUCUGUUUUGAAACAAUACCUACCUAUGAAGCCCAUAAAAAGGGGGUACAAGUUAUGGUGUCUUGCUGACCAGAGGGGCUAUAUAAAGAAGUUUCAAAUUUAUCAAGGAAAAGACGAAGAAAUGAACUCAAAAUUUAUCGGCUAUGGCUUGGGAGAGAAAGUAGUUUUAGAAUUGACGGAACAAAAUUGGGGUGAAGGGAAGGUAGUUUACUUUGAUAAUUUUUUCUCGUCUGUUGCUUUGCUUGAGAAAUUGAAAACAGAAAACACCUACGCAUGUGGAACUAUCCGAAGUAAUAGAAAAGGGCUGCCCGGAAAUAUGCUCGCUGAUUCUCAAAUGAAAAGGGGCGACAGUGAUCAUCGAUUUUCAAAUUUGGACAUUGGAUAUUGGAAAUGGAAGGAUAACAAAGUGGUUCAUUUAGUAUCUAACUUUCACGGGAACAAUGAGGCAACAGUGUCACGUAAAGAAAAAAAAGGAUCGAGGUCUACCAUUACAUGCCCGGUAGCUGUCAAAGAUUACAAUACUUAUAUGGGCGGCGUAGAUACAGCUGAUCGUUUGAGAGCUCUUUACUGUAUAGAUCGCAAAUCUCCAAAAUGGUGGCACAGAUUGUUUUGGGGUCUUCUAGACAUCGCAUUUGUCAAUUCGUAUGUUAUCCAUGGACUUAUAAUGGAACAAAUUCCCGUAAAAGAGUUUCGACGUUCUGUUACUCAAGGUCUGAUGACAAUGAAAGAUACUAAUCAGAAAAGAAAGACUUCUACUGAUAGUAUAACGAAAGGCGGCUCUUCCAAAAGGCGCAAGUCUGACUAUUCCACUAUAAAAGAUGUACGCUUGGGUAACAAAGGUAUCCACUGGCCUAAGUUUGUAGAAAACAGGGGAAGGUGCGAGGUUUGUAGUAUGAAGAAGAUUCAAUCGAAACCUCAUAGCAAAUGUUCACAUUGUAACGUGUUUUUGUGUGUAAAUGAAAAGAAAAAUUGUUUUGUUGAAUAUCACGAGGUUAAUAUGUAGUUAAAAGUCUAUUAAUUUAAUUAUUUACUAAGUAAACAUUGGAUCUCAUUACUGUUAUUGUUUCUAUCAAAGUUCCUAACAUUGUGAUAACACGAAGUUCCUGACGGUACUUUAAAGUCCAGGUCAUGGAAAUAGUACUUCUAGGUAUAAUAAAAAUCUAAAAAAAAACUGCGUUUCCUUUUAUCUACCUUAUUAUAAUAAUAAAGUUCAAAAGCAGAAAUUCUUUAAAAACCGUUACCCCGGCAGGAAAGGGU